AUGCCAGAAGCUUCCAGAAGAGCUGGAGGCAGCGUAAAGGGUCGGAAAGAUGAAUGGGGUGUCUUUCAGAGCACCCUCGGACUAUCACAAGAAAAAAUCGAUCUUCUAAAAUCACAAAAGGACCAACAAGGAACGAAAGAAUUACUUAACCGUUUUAUUAUGGAAAAUUCGAAAAUGUUGAUGUCCCAAAAAAUGAAAAACAGGGACGAGUUUACGAGCCUUUACCGAUCUGUGCUUAAAAAGUUAACAGAGUCAAAGGGUAUGCUCAAAACCUCACUGAAUUUCGAGCUGAACGAUGACGACAAGCCUCUAAAACCAAUGAAGAGAUCUCGCCGAAAGAUUGCAAUCAAGAUGGUGUCUGACGUACCAUCCGAAAAUGUUGACUACUUAUUAAAGAUGUUUUAUCAGAAACAUAAAAUUCAUUCUGAUUAUGACGACCGAGAUGCUCAGAAUGAAGUUGAUUAUGACAAGCAAGAGCGUACCUCAACGGAUUCUGAUAAGGAUACUGAAUACGACUUUGACAAUCUUUAUGAUGAUGAGGGCGAUGUAGGCCUUAUAGCAAAGUCCCGUCAAAGCACGGAGUAUGGAUCCUUCCAAGAUCUGAUUAUGCAAUCUAAAAUGAACGAGUGGGAGCGUGAGAAUGAGGAAACCAAGUUACAUAGCUCAAGCAAUGACCACUUUAUUUAA